AUGGGCCUCUCCAGCGGCCUCCACGACGUCUCCGGCGCGGCGCCCCUGCCGCUGCUCCUCCUGGCGUCCCUCGCCUCCGCGCUCGCAGGCCUCUUCUCCGUCGUCAGCUCCCCUGGCGCCGGCGCCGGUGCCAAGCCGAACACCACCUCCUCCUCCGUCCGUAUUUCCGGCCUCGACGCGCUCGUCGCGCUCGCGGACUGUCUCGCGGCAUCCUACGUCUCUACCGCGGAUGGGGCCACCGCGGCAGCUGCUGGCGACUGCACGGUGUGCCUGUCGGCCAUCGCGGAGGGCGAGCGCGUGCGCGUGCGCACGCUCGCCUGCCGGCACGCCUUCCACGCGGCCUGCCUGGACCGCUGGUUCGACCAGAGCAGCCUCUCGUGCCCGCUCUGCCGCGCCGGGCCAGCCGCGCGAGAUGACGAUGCUCGGCGGCUCAGCGCCGGCGAGGACGCCGUCUCGUGGUUCGCCCGUUUCUGA